AUAUUCCUACACUUUUAACCUGUUGAAUCAGAAGCAGCGUGACAGGUGUGGGAGUAGCAUCGCCCUGAUACACAACAAGGCUCGUGAACAUUAUCUUGGCGACCUUUAGUGUGUGUUUGUGAAGAAAAAGUUUGUACUCUCCGUCCCCUGACCCAAGACUUAACCGCUAGAGUUGGUCAGCCACUUAAGUUAUCUAGUUCCAUUACUCGUAGCGACAAUGUUAAAGACAGAAAACAUAAAUAAGGUGCUUACGUCUGAGAGUUGUAAUAAGGUGAAGUCAGAGGCCCUACAGCAGCAGCAACACGGGGGGUCGUCUAGAGUGGAGCCUAAUGUGGUGCUUGAAGAGCGCGACCUAUGGACACGCUUCCAGGCCCUUACCAACGAGAUGAUCGUCACCAAGUCCGGCAGGAGAAUGUUCCCAGUGGUAAAGGUGUCGGUGGGAGGACUCGACCCAACGGCCAUGUACUCAAUCCUGCUUGAGUUCGUCCAGAUUGACACACACAGGUGGAAGUACGUGAACGGUGAGUGGGUGCCCGGGGGUAAGCCAGAGACGGCCCCGACCUCGGCUGUUUAUCUACACUGUGACUCACCUAACUUCGGUAACCACUGGAUGAAAGACCCGGUCUCUUUCGCUAAGGUUAAACUUACCAACAAGACCAACGGAAAUGGACAGAUAAUGUUGAACAGCCUCCACAAGUAUGAACCUCGCCUUCAUGUGGUACAGGUGGGGCGGGAACAACGAACCAUCUCCUGCCAUACCUUCCCUGAGUGUCAGUUUAUCGCUGUCACCGCCUACCAGAACGAAGAGGUGACGGCGCUGAAGAUCAAACACAACCCUUUCGCCAAAGCUUUCCUGGAUUCGAAGGAGCGGCCUGACCUCCAGACCCAGCGAGAAAUAAUGGCUUCAUACUCCCAGUCUCACCACCAGCAGUAUGGCUGGUACAUGGGAGGCGGCGCGGGGAUGUGCAGUGGGGGCGUGACUUACGGACAGGCUCCUCCCCCUGGAGUGGGCCUCGCUCCUCCCCCCGUCACCUUGUCUUCACGUAUCGCCGUUAACAUGAGGAACCAUCGUGUUCUGCCCUACACCUCCCCCACCCCCAGGGCCACCAGAACCCCCCCAGUGGGCGGUAUGCCUCAACAGCAGUCUGGCACCUACGGCCUGGCGGGUCUGGCGGCUGAGUGGCGGCAGCAAUCAUGGGGUCACCACCACCAUCCCCAGGCGCCCGUCACUGCCACCACCUCCACGCCCGUCACGCCCGCACACUACCAGUGGACGGGUUUACAGGGAAGCUACGCCCACCCCACCCAUCACAGCGCGGGGCUCUACCAGGGGUACCAACAGUGUGGUGUUACAGGUAUGGGUCUAUCUAACACCACGACGAGCACAGCGCCCACCCACCACGCCCAGCGCUCCCCCCAGGAGGCUCUCACACCCAUGGGGACCUACACUGACCCCUCCGUCACCCAGGGCUACAUCACCAAUCGCUCCUCACCCACGUAUGAGUCUAUACGUGCGAUGGGCACCAACGCGGGUAUGUUCGGCGGUGGUCGGCUACACGAGAAUUCCCCGGACCAUCUUAGUACAGGGGAUGGCUCCCCCCAGUCUGGUGGGUCGCCUCCCCUGGGCCACACUACCACCCAGGCCGAUAUGUUCAUCCUGCCAGACCUGGUCUACCCCACCUCCCCCCACAACGACGUGACGCGCAUCAAAAAUGAGGGUAUGGAUCCCAUGGCCGCCUUAACCGCCGCCUCAUCUCACGCGUGGAGUCCGCUCUCUCCGGCCUGUAUGUAACACUCAGCCCCUCACAUUGUUCUACUCUGUGUACUGUUGACGUCGCCAGGGUGUCUUCCACGCACCCGAUAACCCGGCGUAUGGUGUGCACGAGUCCCUCAACGGGUGGAGCAGCAGCCAGUCUGUACAUGCUACGCUUUGAUCUUAUGUUACUGUUGAUCUUAAUCCAUAGAUUAUGUUUUGUAUCGUGAAUUCUUUUAUACGCCAGCUGAAUCGAGGUAUGGGUUCAAUGUGCCAUACAAAAAGGGAAUGAUAUGUAUAUAGUGUAAAUAUGGUAGUAUUUUUGUAGUUAUUUAUGAGUUAUUCAAGUUAGGCUGUGUUUAUGUUACUUAUCUAAGGUUAAGAUGUUUGUAAACUUUUCAAAACAUUUACAUUAGAAAUUUGGGGAGCGUGGUGUGUGGCCAAGUCACCCCGGACAAGUUGACGAAACAACAGGAAGAUAACAAGUGUGGCGAAGAGAAUAAACAUAAUGAGAUUUUAUAAAUAUUUACCUUCAUCGAGAGACUGUAAACACAAACAUCUAAGGACUUUAUAAACAACGUGUACAAGGGAUAUGUACAUGUGUGAAGAGUGAUAGCGAGAGAGUAUGAAGGCCAAUAGAGGUAUACUAUAUGUAAAUUAGUGGGGUGAGAUUGUUAGAUAAGCUUUAAAUAAGUCCCACGCAUUCAUCCUCAGAAUAAAAAUGAUAACGGAUAAACUUUAUUGCUUUAUAAUCUUACCUUUUCUGCCGGUACAUUAAAAAGACGCGAGGGAGGGAAGGUACGUGUACUUAUGACAGGACCCAGCGACUUGCCUUGCGGUACACCUCUGAAUUAUGAAGCCAAGUGGGAAAUAUUCUUACGGUCAAGAUGUACGUAAACAACUUGCAUUCUUUGAUGGUUUGCUUGGUUGCUUAUAUUCUUGGUUGAUUAGGUUAAAGUGAGAACGAGUAGAUUAGGUUAAGUUAGGUUAAGCUGGAGUAGAUAUGAGGUUAGACUGAGUGAGUAAUUUAGGGAAAUGAAAAUCCCACAAAAACAGGACAUUAUGUGAAUCAUAGCGAGAACUCCGUCUAAAAAGUAGAGGAGGUUGUCGCGCGCAGUGAAGACAUGAAUAAUUCACACAGUUUUAUGAGGGAUUGUGGGUUGUAAACACCUUGGACGGGUUCCCUCACUCUCUGUCUCUCACCUUUCCUGUCUUGUACUCUUCCUCCUUCCCUCUAUCCUCCUACUCUUCUUUCCUCCCUCCCUCUAUCCCUGUCUCGUACUCUUACUUCCCCCAUCUUUUCUCCCUUCCUGCUUUCUACUCUUCUUUCUUCCCCCUCCUUCCCUCGUACUCCUCCCCCCACCCACCUCUUCCUCCUCUCCUCUUACGUCUUCCAACACUCUUCUUCACCCUAUUCUCCCUCCCUCCCCCUUUUAGUUUCUUACCUCUCAUAUUUCCCUUCUUUCUCACCUCUUCCUCAUUUUCCUCUCCUUACUUCACUUAUUCCCUAACACAUGAACUAAUUUACUGUACUCAAGAGGCUAAGAAAACUAAUUUACUGUACCCAAGAGGCUAUAGUCAUCGUACUCAUAUGUUAUCGCGUUCAUUCCUGCCGAUCUCAUGCACAGUAAUUGUCAAUAUCAUUAAUUCGUUAUCUAAAGUAUUUUUUAUUUACCAAACUCUAAAAUACACAAAUAUAUAACAAGUACAUAACUACAACAGCCAUUCAAAAUUGGUCUUCAUUACAAGAUCGUUCAGAGGGUUUGUUAGCAGCCGGCAGCCAUUUGUGUGGUGCAGUGACUUGGGUUUGUGUGAUGUCUGCUAGAUGUACGUGUGCGCGUGUGUGUGUGUGUAUCAGUAGUGUUCCAUACUAGUGCUGCCCUCUUGUGGUCUACGUGUGAAUGAGUCUCAUGCUUCAUUGUACUAUGUAAGUUUCCAUUCCUUAUAUGUAUUGUAGUAGUUGACUUGUUUGUUAAAUAAUAUACAUACAGUCGUCAUUCUGAAUCCUGCCGUCACCUGUACAAGUUCCUCAACAAAGUCAUU